AUGGAGACAGUCAAGCGUCAGGCUACAAGACACGCUAGGUCUACAGCCAUCAUGAUCGACAGCGGCGAAUCAUAUGUUAUAACCACAGUUCUAGUCUACUUCAGUAUUGUAUAUCUUGUCGUAUCAUGUAAAGGAAAAAAGAAGGAAAUGCAACAGUCAUCCGCUGGUUCAAGUGACAGUGGCGGCAGUUUAAAAAAGCCAAGAGCUCCCGAACAGAAAGGAAUGGCGGGCACAUUUGAUCCGAAUUAUCAAACACUCGCAAACGUGCAAGACCCGUUUGCUGCUCCUGGCGGAAUACCCGGAGCUCCGGGUGUCCCUGGUGCUGCGCCUCCUCAGCCUCCGAAACCACCCGCCGGAGGAGGAAUGGCAGGAACGUUUGAUCCAAACUAUCAAACGCUCGCUAACAUUCAAGGUGAUGUGUUUGGGGCGGAUAAAGCAGCAGGAGUAGGAGCAGCGGCUGCAGGAAAAGGAGAUGUUCCUGCACCAGCUGCACCACUGCAAAUAAAGCCGGGCACAGGUGGAGUAGCAGGAACAUAUGAUCCUAAUUAUCAAACUCUGGCUGGGAUGAAUGCGGAUGUUUUUGGAAAAGAUAAAAAAGCCGCGUGA